AUGACAGUCUCCGACUUUCUCAACACCCAGACCGUGGGCGGUUACCUUGUCUGCUUCCUCGUCGCUGGUGGCUUGAUCUACAACUACUCUGGCAACAAGAAGCCUGCGCAGAUUGCCAAGACUGCCAAGGCAUAUGUUGAGCCCAAGAAGGACACCAACGCAAAGAAGCAGCGAAAGGCUGCCUUUGCUUCACAAAAGCCCGAGGAGAAGGCUUCCACGAGCGCAGUCGAUCCCUCUAGCACAUGGCUGAGCAAUGACCCUAAGGAGGAAGUUGAUAAUGCCGAUUUCGCCAAGAGGAUGGCCAGUGUCAAGGAGGGCAAGAAGUUUGAUGGCAAGUCUGCUGCUGAUGCCAAGAAGAAGAAGACCAAGUCCGUCAAGCAAUCGCGUGCUGCCGAGAAGAAGCCUGUCGAGGUCACCGAGGAGGAGGAGGAGGAGCCCGCCGCUUCCUCUGCCCCCGCCGUCGAGGCUGUUGAGGAAGAGGAGGAGAGCUCCCCUGCCGCUUCCCCCGAGGUCACCCCUGCCGACCCCAGCGGCGUCAAUGACAUGCUCGAGCCCACCGCAUCCGGCCCCUCCGUCCUCCGCCUGACCGGCACCGAUAAGGAGAAGCCCAAGGCCAAGAAGCAGAAGGCCCCCGAGCAGGCUGAGACCAAGAAGCAGCGCCAGAACCGCCAAAAGGUUGAGGCCAAGAGAGCCGCCCGCGAGGAGGAGGAGAAGGAGCGCAAGGUCAAGCUCGAGAAGCAGCGCCGUACCGCUCGCGAGGCCGCCGGCAUCCCCGCCAAGGAUGGCUCCCAAUUCAUGGCCAGCGUCAACGGCAACAAGUCCGCCUGGACCGCCGGCUCCCCUAACGGUGCCUCUGCUACCAACGGCACCUCCACUGCUGUUCAGCCUCUCGACACCUUCGAUGCUCCGGCUCAGAACGGCACCUCUGCUGCCGCUCCCGCCCAGACCUCCAACAACUGGAUCUCUUCCCUUCCCUCUGAGGAGGAGCAGAUCCAGCGCCUCAAGGAGGAGGACGAGUGGAACACUGUUCCCGCCAAGUCCAAGAAGUCCAAGAAGGAGAACCGCUCCCCUUCUCCCGAGGCUGCCAAGCCUGCCGCUGCCGCCGCUCCGGCUCCGGCUCGCCCCAUCGCCCAGGCCGUUCAGAAGCCUGCCUCCAAUGGCAAGGUUGCAAAGCCCGUCACGUCCAACUUUGGAUCCUUCUCCGCCCUCAGCACCGAGGAGGAGGAGUGGGAUGUCUAA